AUGCUACCUAGGAACAAGCUCCUUUUACUUCUAUCGUUUUUCAGUUCCACAACCAUUGCUGAUAGUUGGUCAAGUCUGGGCUGUUACAAGAGUUCAUCAUUAUCAAACUUACAAUCUAAAGGUGAGUACAUAUGGCAAUCAUCAGGUCAUUGUCAAGACGAAUGUCAAGGAAAAAGAAUAGCAGCUCUUAUCAAUGGUAGUCAGUGUUACUGUGGGGAUUCUGAUCCUUCACUGGGUUCAGCUGAUGAUUCAAAUUGUGAUACUUCUUGUCAAGGGUAUGAUAAGGAAAAAUGUGGUGGAAGUGGAUACUAUACCGUUUAUGUCAAUUCAGAUGUUGACAGCGAAGACACACAACUGAGUUCAAGUAGUCUGUCACUGAGCAGUACGUCAUCUUCAACUUCGUCAUCUUCAACUUCGUCAUCUUCGUCAACAUCAUCAUCUACAUCUUCGAGCUCCUCUAGCUCCUCGUCACAACAACCACAAACAAGCACUAUUCGAGAAACCACCACCGCACAACCGUCAAGUACAUCCAACGAUGAUGAUGAUGGAACAUCCGAAACAACAGCCACGUCACAGGAACCUGAAACAACAGUAGAAGUUGCAUCUUCAGUACAACCAACAACGAUUGUAUCUACAGUUGUAAAUUCAGCGAAUACCAAACUGCAGUCAAUAAUAUAUCGCACAGUCAUAGAAUCCCCGUCAUCACAAUUAUCGUCAACUGCAACAACAUCUUCUUCUUCAUCUACACCAUCUGCAAACACUUCAUCACAAGCACUUGAUGCAUCACGAACAGAUUCAUCUGCACCUUCCACAACUGAGACAUCGAACUCCAACAAGAACAAAGACAAAGGUACUUCUGGAGGUGUUAUUGCCGGUGCUGUUGUUGGAUCAGUUGCUGGUGUAGCCGUUAUUGCGGGACUACUUUUUGCAUUUUGUUGGUUUAGGCGGAGAAAACAAGACGAUGACGAUGUCGAUGAUCAGUUUACGUUAUCUGGUCCAAAGGGCGAAAUGUCAGAGGUCGGCACACCAACACCACCACCAAAUCUGGACCCUAACCCUUUCUUAUUGGCUAGUGGUUACAACUACUUUGACACCUCACAACAACAACAAUUCCCCAAUGGUCCAGGAAGGUCUCCAUCACUUCAACAAACACCAAGACAAUACAACAAUAACAACAACGGUCAGUUCCAUGGAUCAUCUGGAAGUGGAAACAGCUCAACCGGAGUAUUUGGUCACAAGCCGAAUUCAAGCUCAAGUGGAACUAGUGGAGGUGGUGGAGACCACUCGCUAGGGUCACAUCAAGAUGAUUAUGCAUUCGAUGAUUAUAACAAUGGAGGCGAUGCAAGUCUACAUUACAAAAAUAGUUUAUCUCAACUAAAUGGAUACCCGCAACAACAGCAACAGCAACAGCAACAACAACAACAACAACAACAACAACCAUCAACUCAUCAAUUCCAAUUUUUGAAUGCAAACUCACCAGAGCCGGAAUUUGGUAGGAGGAAAUUGAGUAAUGGUUCACUACCUGAUAUGAUAGCUAGAGAGCCAGGAUCAUUGAAGGUGGUUAACAAUUGA